AAAAGGUAUUGAAAAAUAUGACAGUAUUUUUCCUCAGCCAACAAGAGUAUAAAAGAGAGCAUCCUAUAGAUAUCCGCUAUUAUUACUCUGUGUUGCCUGAAUCUGCUUUGGUUCAUUUCUUCUCUGCGGAUAAGGUUUUCUUUGUUUUUUGAUAAGAAACAUGGUGGAGGAGAAGAGUGCAAUUGCCAAAGAUGUUACUGAACUGGUUGGUAAAACACCACUGGUGUAUCUCAACCAUGUUGUGGAUGGUUGUGUGGCUCGCAUUGCUGCCAAGCUAGAGAUGAUGGAACCUUGUUCAAGUGUUAAAGAUAGGAUUGGAUACAGUAUGAUUACAGAUGCAGAGGAGAAAGGUCUUAUCAAGCCGGGUGAGAGCGUUCUUAUCGAGCCCACAAGUGGUAAUACUGGCAUAGGGCUGGCAUUCAUGGCAGCUGCUAAGGGAUACAAGCUCAUCAUUACCAUGCCUGCUUCAAUGAGUCUAGAAAGAAGAAUGGUCCUUCGUGCUUUUGGAGCUGAGCUGGUUCUUACUGACCCAGCCAGGGGCAUGAAAGGGGCUGUUCAAAAAGCAGAAGAAAUAUUGGCAAAGACACCUAAUUCUUAUAUCCUGCAGCAAUUUGAAAACCCUGCCAACCCAAAGAUCCACUAUGAGACCACUGGACCAGAGAUCUGGAAAGGCUCAGGUGGAAAGGUUGAUUUUUUUGUUUCUGGGAUUGGGACUGGGGGUACAGUUACAGGUGCAGGAGGUUAUCUCAGGGAGCAAAACCCUGACAUAAAGCUCAUUGGUGUAGAACCAGUUGAAAGUGCAGUGUUGUCCGGAGGCAAGCCUGGUCCACACAAGAUCCAAGGAAUUGGUGCUGGCUUUAUCCCUGGAGUUUUGGAUGUCAGUUUACUCGAUGAAGUUGUUCAAAUAUCAAGUGAAGAAGCAAUUGAAACUGCUAAGCUUCUGGCCUUGAAAGAAGGCUUGCUGGUAGGAAUAUCUUCUGGUGCAGCAGCAGCUGCGGCAAUUAAGAUAGCAAGGAGGCCUGAAAAUGCUGGAAAACUCAUUGUUGUGAUCUUCCCUAGCUUUGGAGAGCGUUAUCUGUCUUCUGUGCUUUUUGAAUCUGUGAAGCGUGAGGCAGAAAGUAUGGUUUUUGAGCCUUGAGAUGGUGAAUAUUGUCCCCACGAGUUGCAACUGUAUCUGUGCUUCAAGUUUUCUUUAUUUUACAUGCUACAAAAUAAUGUGGAGCUUUUCUGCUCUUGCUGUUGUAGUGAGGGAAGCUUGUGGGCUGACUUAGAACUGUUUCUGAAUGUUGCGAGUUCAAUAAAAUUUACAUCCAAUAUGUUUUGAUAAA